AUGCUACGCGUGACACGCGGGGGGCUUGGCGGCCAGCGGCGCUGGUGGAAGGAAGGCCGACCCGACUUCUGGCGCGCUAAUGAGCGGCGCAUGCGCUUGGAGCGGCGGCGCAUCGACGCCAGCCGCUACUGCCCCCCGGUGGAGCCCACCCCGCAGCAAGCAUGCACACUCUACAGAAGUCUGCUUAAGGCCGGCCACGCCCAACUCCGUGUGACGGACAAGGCGUACUACGCGAGAAAGGUGCGUCAGGAGUUUGAGGUGACGGCGCGGCAAACGAGUGCACGGGUGCGGGGCAUCAUGUACGAGCGGGGCCAAUGGAUGCUGCGGAACAAGUUGGGUGGGGUCGUUUGA